CCCAAUUGCCAUGGAGAUAGAGAGCGUAGCAGGCGGGGGGAGGAGUUUGGUCCUUUAGAGCCGCCGUCCUGCAUGCUUUAAGAAACAAUGAGUGACAAGAAAGACAUCAGUGAAUCUACAGAUUCUGCAGGUUCUAUAGAUGGUGGGGACUAUGAGGAUGAUUUUGAAAAAGACCUUGAGUGGCUAAUUAAUGAAGAAGAAAAGAAUCAUGAUGGAAAUGAGGAGGAUGUUGAAGCUAGUAUGGACAAAGACUUUGAAGCUAAAGAAGAGAGAUUAAAUUCUUCACAAGAGUCUCUUGAACCUGAAGAAGUUCUGAAGGAUGGAGAAAGAAAUUUAUCGCAUGAACUUCCUGAGCCUGAGGAAGAAGUGAAGGAUGACAGUUCACAAACGAAAAUAUGUACUAUACUUGAACUUGACACUAAACUGUUGGAUCAGGAAUCAGAUACUGACAGUGAAAGCUCUUGUCGGGAAUCAAAGUUAGAAGACCAGGAGGACUUGGAGGAUGAUGAAGCUAUAAAACGUUACAUCUUAGAAAAGAUUGAAGAAGCCAACAAACUUCUACUGUCUCAGGAGCCUUUGGAUGAAACGAAAGAAAGAAAACUAAAAUUCAAGGAUGAUUUAGUAGAUCUUGAAGUCCCUUCUCUGAAAGCUAUGGAAGUGGAUAAAAGUGAUCCUCAGAGAGAAAGGAACAUUUCAGGUAGACUGUCUCAGCUGCACAUUUCUAAUGAAGCAGGGCAAGAAGAUAUCUCUCUUUCUAUUAAUGGUGGUACAGAUGAUGAGCACAAGGAUGGCAAGAUCUUAGUAGAAAGAGAUGGGAAAUUUGAACUCUUGAGUAUCCGUGACAUUGAGAGUCAAGGCUUCUUUCCUCCAUUAAGUGUUUCAUUUAGUGACAUUGAAACUCAACACAUUUCUCCUAAAACUUCUUACACAACUGCUUUUGGCACUUUUUGUAUAACAAAAGAAGAUUCUUUAGUACAAACACCUGUGACAUCUUGUUCUUCCAGAGAAGGGUUUAUUCAUGUCCCUCAACCACCAUCUUUUCGACCAAGCUCAGCCAUCAACAUUACAAGGAACAUAGAAAGGAGAAAAAGCCCACGGAGGGCGCAAUCAGCAAAUGUGAACAUUGGCAUAAGAAGCUCUACAUACUGUUUGUCACCAAGACAAAAAGAACUGCAAAAACAAAUGGAACAAAGAAGAGAAAAAAUAAGGAAAGAGGAAGAAAUACGGAAGAGAAUACUGGAGGAGCAGAAAAGGAGAGAGAAUGACAUGGUUUUUAAAGCUUGGUUGCAGAAGAAAAAAGGACAAAUACAGGAAGAAAAACGAAUUCGUCAUGCAAAAGAGCUGGAAGGAUUAAGCAACAGACAGGAGAGUAGAAAUCCAGAAGAAGCUUUCAGAACAUGGCUUAAAAGAAAGCAGCAAGAACAGAUAAAAGAAAAAGAGAUGCAAAACCUGAAACAGCAAGAAGAGUGCAUGUUCUUCCUUCCAAGAACAGUGGAAAAUGACAGGGCUUAUAAAGAAUGGCUAAGGAGAAAGAGACGGGAGAAGCGAGAAGAGCAAUUAGCUGCCAAAGAACGAUCAAGGCAGCUCAGGCAGGAAGCCAGAAGAGCAAAACAAAUAGAGAACAUUCUCUGUUCAAUUUCUGAACCAAGAUGUCUUCGCUUCACAGACCAAUACAGCUGAGGUUUAGAGUCACCAGGUGCCUAAAAUAUGUCCUUCACACUAUCUUGUAUAGCUUGAGUGGCUGCUUCUUAGGAGCAGCUUCUCUUCUGGUAUGUUUCAUAGUCCUUCAAUAAUGGCUUAAAUUUCUCAGUCCUACUUAUCUUGCCCCCUCUUAAACUUGGAAUAAGUUUCUAUUUGUGAAUGAGUUGGGAUGGCAUACUUCAUUCUCCAGAGCAUAAAACAGAAUGACUGCCCUUAUGGCAGUUGCAGUGUAAAUCAUUCUUAAUUAAGAUCACAGUCAUCUUCAAGUGAGGCAUUUUGUAUAAAAGCUGCUCUUAGAUGGAAAGUUAUUAAUGCUAUCAAUUAGCAAUAUCUAGUUUGGCGUUCACUCCUAGACAUUGAUACACUGCUUCAGAAUUCUGUCCCAGUGCCUCCUAUGUAUUUCUCCUGCUUUAGGAUGGGAGAAUACGUUACCCUAAGGAUUGUGGCACAAUCUAAGCUAUCAGUGAAAUUAAAUGUAUUCCCCCUUUUUUCAAAGUCUUUUCUGCCUUGUUUGGAUAGUUACUUUUUAUUUUAAAAACCCAUGAUUUUUGUGUUGCAUUUCAUUUUAAAAAGCAGUAGAAACAGAAACAGAGACUGUAAAGUCAAAGAGCUAACACAAUGCACAGUAAAAGUACAUAAGUAUUAAGGAAGAGAUGUUGGCUGUGAGGACUGCUGCUUUCAAACUGGUUUGCUUGCUUGCUUGCUUGCUUUUUGGUAUUUUUGUGUUCUUAUCUGUGCUUCAAGAAACAGAUCAUAUAAUCAUAGAAUAGUAGAGUUGGAAGGGGCCAAGAAGGUCAUAGGGUCCAAUCCCCUGCUGUUGCAGGCCACCAAUUUACACUAUCCCACUCAGU